UGUUCUGUCACUCUCACAAGUCCAAUCUAGCGAACCGAAGGGGGCAAAUCCAACCACGGCAACGCAAAAGCUUGCGACAAUCUCGCCUUUGAUCGCUCCUUCGUCGUCUUCUCCUCUUCUCGUGGCAUGCUCGACUCAUUGCAGGAGAAGAAGAAGACGAUGAGAGGGGUGGCAAAGAGCGGGGCGUCGGAGGAGCUGGAGCGCCGCAGCCAGUACCUUAGCUCGCUGAUCCAGCGCACCAGGAUCUCGGAGGACGGAGAUCAGGUCAAGAAGGAGGUCGUCAAGGCCGAAGUUAAGCCGAUGAGGAGGGAGCAGCAGCGAAAGCAGGAAGGCGAUGAGGAGGAGGAGAAGAAGAAGAAGAAGGGCGUCCGGGAAGUAGAUCAAUGCGAUGACAAUCCGUCUCUGGAACAGCAGCAGCAAAAGACGCCCAUUGUGAAGGUCAGAGCUGCAGACAUGCCCGUCGCGUUGCAGAAGAGGGCGUUCCGGUGUGCCCACGAGAUGCUUGCUUCCAUGCCCAAGCUCGAGAGCAAGAGGCUGGCCUUCGCACUCAAAAAGGAAUUUGAUUCAACCUACGGCCCAGCUUGGCAUUGCAUAGUAGGAACAAGCUUUGGUUCUUAUGUCACACAUUCUUUGGGAGGUUUCCUGUAUUUCUCCAUCGAUAAGGUCUACAUUCUUCUUUUUCGGACCGCUGUGGAACCAAUAGACAGUCGAUGAUCGUAGGGGUCGCAAGUUAAUCUAGAUGCAUGAGAUGAUGUAUCCUCCGAUGUAUGGGGGAAAAAACAAUUCUGUACAAGUGUAAUGACAUGAAACCAUGCCUCUGGUUUUUUUUUGUUACUCCAUCCACUACACACCGCUAUGUUUUCUUCCUGUGAUUACAUGCUCACAAGAACAUCCAUAUAGACUACACAGAUUAAGUUUUCUUUUAAGGUUCAUUUGUUAUUUUUAGAUUAUCUCUAUUAAUCAUGUUUUCAGUUUAAA